AUGGGGUUGUUCAAUGUCACUCACCCUGCAUUCUUCCUCCUGACUGGUAUCCCUGGUCUGGAGAGCUCUCACUCCUGGCUGUCAGGGCCCCUCUGCGUGAUGUAUGCUGUGGCCCUUGGGGGAAAUACAGUGAUCCUGCAGGCUGUGCGAGUGGAGCCCAGCCUCCAUGAGCCCAUGUACUACUUCCUGUCCAUGUUGUCCUUCAGUGAUGUGGCCAUAUCCAUGGCCACACUGCCCACUGUACUCCGAACCUUCUGCCUCAAUGCCCGCAACAUCACUUUUGAUGCCUGUCUAAUUCAGAUGUUUCUUAUUCACUUCUUCUCCAUGAUGGAAUCAGGUAUUCUGCUGGCCAUGAGUUUUGACCGCUAUGUGGCCAUUUGUGACCCCUUGCGCUAUGCAACUGUGCUCACCACUGAAGUCAUUGCUGCAAUGGGUUUAGGUGCAGCUGCUCGAAGCUUCAUCACCCUUCUCCCUCUUCCCUUUCUUAUUAAGAGGCUGCCUAUCUGCAGAUCCAAUGUUCUUUCUCACUCCUACUGCCUGCACCCAGACAUGAUGAGGCUUGCCUGUGCUGAUAUCAGUAUCAACAGCAUCUAUGGACUCUUUGUUCUUGUAUCCACCUUUGGCAUGGACCUGUUUUUUAUCUUCCUCUCCUAUGUGCUCAUUCUGCGUUCUGUCAUGGCCACUGCUUCCCGUGAGGAACGCCUCAAAGCUCUCAACACAUGUGUGUCACAUAUCCUGGCUGUACUUGCAUUUUAUGUGCCAAUGAUUGGGGUCUCCACAGUGCACCGCUUUGGGAAGCAUGUCCCAUGCUACAUACAUGUCCUCAUGUCAAAUGUGUACCUAUUUGUGCCUCCUGUGCUCAACCCUCUCAUUUAUAGCGCCAAGACAAAGGAAAUCCGCCGAGCCAUUUUCCGCGUGUUUCACCACAUCAAAAUAUGA